UAAAUUAUUACUAAAGCUAACGCUCCCUAAAUGAAAGAGCGAAUAAAGUUAUAACAAUGAAAUGUGAAAUAUACGUUGAUUGAUCUCCGUUUGUGUCUCUCUUCUUUCCAGAUAUUUUGUGUCAAAGCUUGAGAUGAUGCCUCAGGAUCAGCAGCAAUGCGGGCCCAACGAGAUAUUCGAUCAGGAAGACACAGAGCAGCUGCUCAUCACAGAUAGUUCACACAUAUCGAAUGUGGCGAGCGCGGAGAUAAUCAUCUCCGAGGGUAUCGUGCAGUGCAGUCUCUGCGGAGAUGGUUUCGUUUCCGAACAAGCUCUUGGAUUGCAUUUAGAGAUGCACGAGCAGAGUAACGCUCAAUUGGACGACGACCAGCUUGUUUGCGAACAUUGCGGUUGUAGUUUUGCCACGACAUCCGCGUUGAAGGAGCAUCAGUUAGAGCACGAGACGGACGAGAGUCACACCUGCGAAACGUGUGGCUACGUCACAACGCGCAAAGAGGUUCUGAUUGCUCAUCAGAAACGGCACAAUGUCGAGUACAAAUACGAGUGCGAGAUCUGCGGCGACAGUUUCGUCUCGCGUAUCAGUUACCAGGAACACCAGUCGCUCCAACACGCCAACGAAAAGCCCUUUCAAUGCGAGAUUUGCAACGCCACGUUCCGCUAUCGUCAAGGUCUGAGGUUGCACGGGAAAUUGCAUCAGCCUGACUACGUGCCGCCGCAGAGGAAGCAUCAUUGCGUGCUUUGCAACAAACGUUUCUCCAGGAAGCAGGUGUUGCUCGUACACAUGAAGACGCACGGGAACGUGGGACCCCAGAACGAGUACGUGUGCCCGGUUUGUGGCAAGGCGGUCUCCAGUAAGACCUACCUGACCGUUCAUCUGCGCAAGCACACCGGCGAAAAGCCACACGUUUGCGAUCUCUGCGGCAAGGGAUUCAUUUCGCAGAAUUAUCUGAGCGUUCACAGACGCACGCACACGGGCGAACGACCGCACAAAUGCACCCACUGCGAGAAACGAUUCACACAACGAACCACACUGGUGGUGCAUCUAAGGGGUCACACGGGCGAUCGACCCUAUCCGUGCACGUUCUGUCACAAAUCGUUCGCCUCGAAAACGAUGCUUAACUCGCACCUGAAAACUCACGCGAAGCAAAGCGCUAGGCAACAACAGGAACAACAACAGCAGCAGCAACAGCAGCUACAGCAGGAACCAGAGGUCCAGCACGAAGAACAAUCCCUCGACACUAUAACUAUAUUAUUACCUAGUUAGGAUAUUUCGGGUUACGAUCGAACAGAUAUCCUGAAACGAUCUCAGUUUCACGAAAGACUCUCACGAUUAUCGCAUUUAAACUCACGAUAAAGAGGAGAGUUACUUCGGUUCGAACACGAA